GAAGAUCUAUCACUGAGCAUGCGUGUGUUUAUGUUUACAACAUGGCGUCUCAGCUAUUUGACUCCGACAGUGAAGAUGAAUUACCUCCAGGAUGGGAGGAGCGAGUAACUACAGACGGCAAAGUGUAUUACGCUAAUCAUGAAACAAAAAAUACACAAUGGAAGCAUCCAGUCACUGGCAAGAAAAAAGUCGUCAAAGGAGAUUUGCCGUUUGGAUGGGAAAAAAAUAUAACGGAAGAUGGAACAGUAUUUUAUGUUGAUCAUGUCAAUCAGAAAACUACAUAUACUGACCCCCGACUGGCAUUCGCUGAAGAAGUUAAAGAUAAUCCAAUGGAUUUCAGGCAAAAGUUUGAUGGAAGUAGUACUGCUCUGCAAGUUCUUCAUGGACGAGACUUGACUGGAAGGUUUGCUUUGAUCACUGGAGCCAAUUGUGGCAUUGGAUUUGAAACAGCGAGAUCAUUGGCAAUCCAUGGUGCAACUGUAAUCAUGGCAUGUCGCAAUCUAUUGGCUGCUCAUGAAGCUAGAGCCAAGAUUUUACAGGAGCAAGCCUCUGCUAAAGUAGAGGUCAUGCAUUUAGAUUUAACUUCUCUAAUGAGUGUCAGAAAGAUGGCAGAGGAGUAUGAAGAGAAGGCAUGGCCACUCCAUAUCCUGAUAUUAAAUGCUGGUGUGUUUGGAGCUGGCUAUACUCUGACAGAGGACAAUUUAGAGAUGACAUUCCAAGUGAACCACCUGUCUCAUUUUUAUCUGACCAAGUUGUUAGUCAACACCUUGAUGAAGUCAGCUCCUGCUCGUGUUGUGGUUGUGUCCAGCGAGUCCCACUGAUUCAGUGAUUUGAAAGAAUCCAACAUGUGCCAAGAGAAACUCUCUCCUAAGGUCAACAGUUUCUGGCACAUGGGGGCCUACAAUAAUUCUAAACUGUGCAAUAUUUUAUUUGCUAAUGAGCUGAACUACAGGCUGUCUCCUCAUGGCAUUGUGGCCAACUCUGUCCAUCCUGGCAACAUGAUGAGCUCUAGUAUCACUCGCUACUGGUGGUUCUAUAGGCUGAUUUUUACCCUAGUCAGGCCAUUUACAAAGUCCAUGCAACAAGGGGCAGCGACCACUGUGUACUGUGCUGUGGCAGAAGAACUGAACAACGUGGGAGGUCUUUACUUUAAUAACUGCUGUCAAUGUCAGCCCUCCAAACAGGCAGACAGUAAAAUCCUGGCCGUUUCCUUGUGGACACUAAGUGAGCAGAUAUUGAACAAAAAGUUGAAGCUGGCUAAACCAAGGGUCAAAGAAGCACUCUGAUGACUGAUUCAAACUUGAGUCAGCUAGCCGUUUUAUCUCUGAUUUAUAUGUUGAUCUAGUGUCAGACCAUGGCAUCAUCAGUUGACAUUUGGUGAAACACGGACCAAAGAAAAUAAAAUCAAGUAUUACCAGAAAGAAUAUUUUAUUGGCUUUUAGAAAAUAAUAAUUGAGUGAAACUAAAAAUCUGUUUGUCAGUCAGAGAUGAGAAAACGUACACACAAGUCACUCUUAGGAAUUGUUUUAUAUUAUCUAUUUAUCUCAUUAUUUCUAAGGAUGUUAUUUCUUAUAAUACAUUUGACUUGCCUCAGAAGGAUGAGUUGAGGGUAUAAAGCUCAAACCAAAGUUAUGGGAAAAAAAAUUUUUGGUAGUUUGCUUAAAAAGUUAGAAGUAUAGUUGAAUCCGAUUAAUCGGACCAGACAUCUCUUCAGACCUAAUCCUAAAGUACUGAAACAAACAAACAAGUUUGAAGUUACAGUCAAAUAAAGGUCUGUUGAUGUUCUGAUCUUUGAGUAAAAGCUUUCUCUCUCAAUGCAGUCAGUUACAACACAGCCUUCUUGUUAAACUAAAGCACUUAGCAUUUUAGAUUUUCUUUUGACUUUAUACCUACUCUUUUCCUUUCACCUUUCUGGUGGUCUGAGGAAGUCUGCGAAAUGUCUUAAAUCUGAUGGUUAGUAUGAAGAAGUCUUGGCCUCUUAAUCUCAUGUAGACAAAGUCAUUUACAUUGGAAUACAAAGUAACUCCCCCCCCCCCCAAAUGUUUCUCAGUGCAGAUUUUUUCUUGCUCGUGUUUCUUAGAAAGUAAUUGAUAACUAGUAUAGCUGUAUAGUAACAUUGAGCUCUGAAGUUGCAUAUUUCACUGAGGAAACAAAUAGAUGUAUCCUAAACAGAAACCACCAACUAGCCAGUGCUGUAUGCUGUACAAAGAAGUGUCAUAUCCAAGUUAAAAACAAACAUGAAACCCUUUAUAUCAGGUCAAAAAUUGUUUGUGAUUUUGAAAAACUUAAUGCAAAAAUUAAAAUCUUACUCAUAUUGAGUGGAGAUGAUUCUUCCAGUUAAAAUUUUACAAAAAUAUAAAUAUGUGCGUUCAAAUAUUUAGAGAUUUAAAUAAUUCUAUCCACCUCAAAAAGGCAAUUGUUCUCAUGUCUGUUGAUAAUGCACAUGUUGGCUAAUGGUAAUGGAGGGCAGUAUUUUGUUUCAUUCUUUUGUUUUGAAAUAAGUUAAAAUAUUAUGGGUCAUUUAACAGGAAUUAUUUCAAUUAAAAAUAUGGUUUAAUUACACCUAAAGCUGUUAGUUCAAAUAAAUUAGAAUUUAUAUUUCAUUCAGAUACCGGUACUUAUCUAUUAUACUAUCUUACUUAUCCAGAUGACUAUUAACUAAUUAAGUUUUUUUUUUAAUAUCAAAAGUCUGAGACUGCAGCCAUAUUGAAACUCCUAAAUGCUCUUCAGUGAAAGCAAAUGUUAUAAAGGAAACAAAAAUCCAUUUGGAACUGAUGAAUGUGGUUAAAGGCCCCAAUCAAUGUUUGAAAUUGUUUUAUACUGCAAGAAAUAGAAAGAUACACUUUGCACUUUAAAUUAAGUUUCAACAAUUAUUUUUUUUUACCCUACAAUGUUAGUGUGAAAAUACUAACUACCCAAACCAGUACGCAGAUUAAAUUUCAAACAGAAUAUGUUUUUACUCAUCUGUAAAUGUUUGCUGUCAAUUUUUGUUUCCUAUUCAGGAUUCACUAAUGUAUUGGCUUGUUUUCAUACAAAAUUCCCCUGUUAAAUCUCAUGUGAAGUUGUUGUCUUGAUCGUGCAAGUGCAGUCAUAGAAGUUUUCAGGUCACUGUGUAAAAAGCCUAAAUACAAUGGAAGUUCAUACAAAAUAUUUAUCCACUUCAAAGCUUGUCUGAGUUCACGUCUGCUUUGUAACUCACUAAGUAAACUAACAGCUUGUAAAUCAAAAGUUUGGAUCAAUCAUUUAUCAGUUUUUGUUUUUUGUUGCUUCUGACUUGAAAAUUGUGUCAUUAACUCCCUAAAAUGUGAAAUAUUGUGUGUAAAACAAAAAGCAAACAACAAAUUAGUCUGAGAAUGAGUCACAAGCCAAACUCUAGAUCUUUCACUUCCUGAACAUUUUCUGAACAUUUUGUUGUUGUAUGAAUGUUGAUUCUUUCAACGAAGAUAUUUACAAAUGAAUGUAAAUUUCAUUGGCUUUUCAUUGUUUGAUAACAAUUGUAUAUGAAGCUAAGCAUGUAGUUUCAGAUUCAAAGUUUGUUGGUUGUGAUUUGAACAAAUAAAGUGUUCUCAAUGUUGGCAGAAUUGAAUUCCAGUCCAUGACAAAGAUAAUAAUGUAAUAUUUGUCAGUUUUUAUGUUUUUUUAAAAUGAUGUACAUUUAUUUAAAAGGCUGUGUCUUUGAAAAUGAGAUGUUUAUUCAGAAUAAAUUAUGUUGUUUUAGAAGAAUGUGUGUCUAUUUAGAAUGAGGUAUGUCUAUUUAGAAUGAGUUUUAUCUAUUAAGAAUGAGGUAUGUCUAUUUAGCAUGAGUUUUAUCUAUUUAGAAUACAGUAUGACUAUUUAGAAUGAGGUAUAUCUGUUAAGAAUGAGGUAAAUCUAUGUAGAAUGAGGUAUAUGAGUUUUGGUUGAUGUAUGUCUAAAUGUUAUUUCUUAAACUUAAAACAAGAAAAAAAGGCAAUACAAUUUUAAAAAAUCUGAUGUAAAUUAAUUUAGUUGAAUGAUUAUUAAUACAUUAUGAAUCUGAUUGGCACUCGUGUAGCUCUUCAUUGUUGCAGGCCUAAAAACAAAUUUAUUUAUUGAUAACUGUCUAUUUUAUGAUGACUAGAAAUACAUUCUAAUAAAAUACUUGACACAAAGUCUUAGAAAAUUA